ACUUCAAGCAAAACUACUAAGCCUCGAGGCAAGCAAUUUCACGCGAAACGCUCUACUGUACGGCUAUCUAUCCUAUCGCAUAAAGUCGUGUGGCUACUCGAAUAUAAUAAAAACCGUUCCGGAUUAACAUCGAUUGCGACUGGCUACCAUGGCUGGGCGGCGUGAUUUCCUAAGCCAGCCGGCGCCAGAGAACUAUGUCGCCGGUUUAGGACGUGGUGCUACGGGCUUCACCACGCGCUCAGAUUUGGGUCCCGCAAGAGAAGGUCCCUCCGAAGACCAGAUUAAAGAAGCUCUUGCGAAACGAGCAGCGCAACUAGGAUUCGGCGAUGCCGCGCCAAGCAAGAAAGAAGAGGACGACGACAACGAUGAACGAUACCAAGACCCAGACAAUGAAGUCGGUCUAUUUGCUGGCGGAGUCUACGAUAAGGACGAUGAUGAGGCCGAUCGGAUAUAUCGAGAGAUAGAUGAGAAGAUGGACAAGCGGCGGAGAGCCAGAAGGGAAGCCCGCGAAAAAGCAGAACAAGAAGAAUACGAACGCAAAAACCCCAAGAUUCAACAACAAUUCGCCGACCUGAAAAGAGGAUUGGAAAGCGUUUCCGAAGAAGAAUGGGCGGCGCUACCCGAAGUUGGAGACCUUACGGGAAAGAAUAGACGAAGCAAACAAGCUAGACAACAACGCUUCUACGCUGUUCCGGAUAGCGUGUUAGCUGCCGCUGGAAGCGCCGGCGAGCUUGGGAGUACCGUGGUUGACGACGGCGGAGCAUCGACGACGGGUGGUUCGAGUAGUCAAGAUGGAACGAUGACGAAUUUUGCCAAAAUUGGACAAGCCAGAGACAAGGUCCUUCAAGUCAGGCUGGAUCAGGCCUCCCAAAAUGGAACCGCUACAUCAGGAAGUGCUACGAGCGUCGACCCCAAAGGCUAUUUAACCAGCCUUGCGAAAUCUUCACUACCGGACAGCGCGGCUCAAGUUGGUGAUAUCAACAGGGUUAGAGAAUUGCUCGAAUCCGUCACCAAAACCAACCCGGUUAACGGGCCUGGCUGGGUCGCUGCGGCUCGUGUCGAGGAACUUGCCGGUAAAAUAGUAGCGGCUCGAAAUCUAAUAGCGCGAGGCUGCGAACAUUGUCCUAAAAAUGAGGAUGUUUGGCUUGAAAAUAUCCGACUUAACGAGGGACGGAACGCCAAGAUCAUUGCUGCUCAAGCAAUUCAGAAAAACAACCGCUCUGUGCGGCUAUGGAUCGAGGCAAUGAAGCUGGAAGAUGACGCUAGAUCUAAGAAGCGAGUUAUACGACACGCUUUAGAUCAUAUACCCGAAUCGGAGGCACUAUGGAAGGAAGCAGUCAACCUAGAGGAAGAACCAGAUGAUGCUAGGUUACUCUUGGCUAAGGCUACGGAGCUUAUUCCCUUGUCGGUAGACCUAUGGCUGGCCUUGGCCAGGUUAGAGACACCAGAGAAUGCACAGAAGGUGUUGAACAAGGCACGUAAGCAUUGUCCAACCUCUCACGAGAUUUGGAUAGCAGCCGCGCGAUUACAAGAACAACUCGGCCAAGGAGAAAAGGUCAACGUUAUGAAGCGUGCUGCGCAGGUUCUCGUUAAAGAAUCUGCGAUGCCAAAACGAGAGCAAUGGAUUGCCGAGGCAGAGAAAUGUGAACAAGAAGGCGCCAUAAUCACCUGCGGUGCCAUCAUUCGAGAAACUCUCGGCUACGGUCUUGACGAAGACGACGAUCGCAAAGAUACUUGGUUGGACGAUGCUCGCGACAGUACCAACCGCGGGAUGUACGAAACAGCUCGGGCAAUAUAUGCAUAUGCGCUACGAGUGUUCCCUACGAGUAAAACGAUAUGGUUGGCUGCUGCGGAUCUUGAGCGGAAUCACGGUACGAAGGAGGACUUAUGGCAAGUUCUAGAAAAAGCUGUCAACGCUGUGCCUCGGAGCGAAGUCCUGUGGAUGAUGCUCGCAAAGGAGAAAUGGCAAGCCGGAGAGAUCGACAACGCACGGCGCGUCCUGGCGAGAGCGUUCAAGCAAAACCCGAACAACGAAGAUAUCUGGCUCGCAGCUGUUAAGCUUGAAGCUGAAAAUGGCCAGAUCGAACAGGCUCGGGGACUACUAAAGACGGCUCGUCAAGAGGCCCCAACCGAUCGCGUCUGGAUGAAGAGUGCUGCAUUUGAACGACAGCUAGACGAUCUCGAUGCAGCGCUGGACCUUGUCCAACAAGCUCUCAACCUCUUCCCCGCAUCCGCCAAGCUCUGGAUGAUGAAAGGCCAGAUCUAUGAAGACCUAGGCAAACCACUACAAGCCCGCGAAGCCUACAGCACGGGAGUCAAGGCGGUGCCCAAAUCCGUACCUCUCUGGCUCCUCUACUCUCGUCUAGAAGAGAAACUCGGACAGCUUCCUAAAGCUCGGUCCGUCCUCGACCGCGCGCGCCUUGCCGUGCCUAAGUCAGCCGAACUAUGGUGCGAGUCCGUGCGAGUGGAGAGGCGGGCGCAGAACACGAAGCAGGCCGAGUCGCUCAUGGAGCGGGCGCUCCGCGACGUACCGAAGCCGGAUCAGGGCAUCCUAUGGAGCGAGAAAAUAUGGCACCUGACGACGCGGCCGCAGCGCAAGCCUCGUGCGCUGGAAGCCAUCAAGGAGGUAGACAACGACCCGACGCUCUUGACGGCCGUGGCGCGCAUCUUCUGGGGCGAGCGCAGGCUCGAGAAGGCGCAGAACUGGUUCGAGAAGGCGCUAGUUAGGGAUCCGGACCUGGGCGAUAGCUGGGCUUGGUACUACAAGUUCUUGCUGGAGCACGGGACGGACGAGAAGAGGGAGGAGGUUAUAAGUAAGUGCGUUGGCGUGGAACCUAGGCACGGCGAGGCCUGGCAGGUUGUUGCGAAGGAUCCUAAGAAUGCGAGGAAGGGGGUGGAGGAGAUUUUGAAGCUUGUGACUGCUGAGCUGCAUUAGUUACCUAUAUAUACCAAAAGAAAGGUCUCGAAAGAGGAGAUACCUAGGUAUUUUAGGUCAGAAAAGUGAUAGAGAAAUUAUAUCAACGAGACGUAUUUGAUGAUAUUCUUGCUGUCCUAUUAGCUUUGUUUUGGGAAAUAGCUGAGUUUUAAGGUAGGUACAGAUCAGAGACCAUAUGAAAAGUG